AUAUUUUGACAUGUUAAUAAACUGCAAAACAAAUUAAGCAUAUUUUCAGUGAUUGUACGUAUUUCUAGUGGUAAAUUUUGAUUAUAUCAGCAGAGUUAUACGAAAUUGAGAUGGCUACAGCAAUUAGUAGCCCUUUGCCAGGGGCUGCUGGCCCUUCUGAGGAAGAGUCUUUUGUUAUUUUGGGCAACUCAAUUGACUCAAAUCUGGACAGUAUCCAGGUGGAUAACGACGACGAACCAAAAAUGCGGCAAUACAUAGAAGAGGGCAGAAAGCUAGUCAGUACUUUAGCUGAAGCUCAGAUGGAAGAGUCAACCAUCCUACCAGCAAUGCCCUCCAUUGAAAAAGAUAUUGAAAAGGAAAACAACGAAAGUCACACCAUAAGCAUCUCAACAGUGAGCAGUGAAUUUAUUCCUGAAGAUAUUCAGGCUAAAAUUAAUGAAGUCAUCGACGAAAAUACACAGCUAAAAAAUACAAUAUUGGAAAAUAACAACAGCAUGAGAUCUCAAAGAGAUAGAAUGUUAGCGUGGCAAUCAGAAGUUGAAAAAACUUUUCAAACAAACAAAAAUCAAUACCAAGAGGCCAAGGAAUUAAUUAUUAAACAAAAAAAUCAAAUAGCCCAACUGAUGUAUGAAAAGGAUGCAAUUAAAAAUAAUGGUAAAUUUAAUACCAAUGCUGUUGAAGAGUUGCAGGUUUCUACAGAAAAGUUAUCAAUUGAAGGGCAAGAAAAAGAAAAAGUUGAUGCACUAAAAACUGAAAUUGAGGAAUUAAAAAUUACAGUUAAAACUCUUAAUGAUGAGUUGGAAGAAAUUAAAAGAUCAAACAUUAAUCUUAACAAAGAAAAAGAAAUACUUCAAAAGGAAACUGAACACCAAAGCAAAAUGGCAAACUCACUUAUUGCGGAAUCCAUCCCAAAGGAAUUGAAAGUUGCUAAGGAAUAUAUUGUAACUCUUGAAAAGGAGAAGGAAGUUUUGCACAGGAAGAUUGAAGAGCAAAGACAAAUGGUGAACUCGCUUAGUUCCGGCAACAAUUUACUUCAAAUAGAAGUUGACAAUGCCAAAAAAAUGGUUAAUAAGCCAAACACCAAUGAAGAAGCUUUAAGAGUUUCAAAUGGAAAGCUCGAUUCUCUAUCGAAAUAUAACGAACAGUUGCUGCAAGAAAACAGGAACAUGAACCAGCUGAUUUGCUCUUCCAACGAGCAGCUGGUGAACGUUCAGCAGCAGCUGAUGCAGGCGCAGAUCGCGCACCGUCAGCUGCUGCAAGAACGCGACAGCUUGGCAGGCCAGCUGCAGAAUAGCGACGAGAAAGCUUCACAGGAGCAGAAAGACAAAAUUUCCAUGUUCGAAGUUCAGUUAGAGCAAUAUAAAAGCGACUUUGAAGCCGAAAGAACUGCCAAAGAGACUCUUAAAAGCGAACGCGACCAGUUGGCGGAGGAUCUGAUGAAUCUGCACAGGAGAAACCAGGAGCUGCAAGAGGAGGUGGAGCUGCUUAGAAAUCGGGAGUGGGUAGCUCCGCCCAGGAUGCCAUCUCCAGCGCACAGCGCCCAUUCAGACUCUCCUCCACUUCUAAUAUACUCUUGUCCAAUAUGCAACAGCAAGUUUCGUUCGUUGCGUUUGGUGGAAGAGCACGUGGAAACCUGCCCAUCGUUGACGCCAUAAUUAAAGGAAAACGUUUCCGACAUAGUAUAUCUCUUCACAGAAAAUAUUAUACACAUAUUCGUAGUAAUAGUUUGUUUUAUUAUUUUUUAUUAUUAUAUGACUAAAUAGUCCAGAAAAUAGAACUUUCCUGUAUGAGCACAACCUUUUUAUUUCAUAACAUUUUCUAUUUAAGAUUUAAUUUAUUACAAUUAAAUUUUAGUUGUUUAUUAAGUUUGUAUGUGCACUAAAAAAGUAUAUUUUCCGGACUCAGUUACUAGUAACUGUUUUGUUUAAAACAUUGGUUUCAUGUAAAACAGUUUUGUAGCCAAUAUAAUAACAUUUAAAUGUCUAACUACUUAACCUAAUGUAAAUUAUGUUAAUUGUAACUGUGAUGAAAAUAUGUAGGUAAAAUCAACAAGAUAUAUCUUAUUGAAUCAUUAACUUUGAUAGAUUUAGACUGGGAAUGAUGUUUCUGUUAUAAAUGAAAAAUGUAUAAAUAUGAAUAUUUUAAAAUAAAUUUACUUAUGAUAU